AUGCCCCAAGGAUCCGCAUUUCAUACCGCUUCGAUUCAAAAGGCCCUGAGAGCACUUGGCGUGAACAUUUGUCCUCAUCAGAGAUUUGGAGAUCCCGAUGCGCUUGAUGCCUUUCACUCCGGCCGCCCUCGAUUGGAGGACCCCUGGUCCUUGGACAAGUGUGUUCGAUGUGCUUCUCGCGGAUCACGAAGUGUGCAUGGUGUCGAAGUCAACUGUGAAUCAUGCGAGACUCGGACUGCCUUCUUCCUAUCAGAGUCGCAUGACGAAACCACUACUCUAUGGGCGCAAGAGUCCCGACGUAUUGCCAAAUCCGCAGAGAGUGUUACGGAUCCCACGUGGAUUUCAUACCUAUACACGCCGGCAAAAAUUCAAUUGCCAGAGAAAGAAUGGAAGCAAACUCGAUGGGCAACAUAUCUGCCUCCAAGCGGAAUAUGUCGACACCACGUCUAG